ACCAACAAAUUCUUACUUCCACUCUCUCAAUGGCUCUUUACAAGUUUCUCACUCCUUUUACGAUCAACCCUUCCAUCAAACGAGUCUAUUUUGAUCAAAACUCUUCAAUUAUCUGUCCUACUGCUAAGGUAAUUAGUGAUGCAAAAGUAUCAAAUCAAAACAUUACACGACGAUCUGGAAAUUACAAGCCUCCUAUUUGGAAAUAUGAGUACAUUCAAGCAUUAAACAGUGAAUUUAAGGAAGAAUUAUAUGUAGAACGCUUCAAUGAGCUAAAGGAAAAGAUUGGUGUGCUUAUGAACCAAAUAAAAGACGAUCCUCUAAAGCGACUCAAGCUCAUUGAUACUUUACAACGACUUGGAAUCUCAUAUCAUUUUGAGAAUGAAAUUAAAGAUGUGUUGAAAAGAAUAUAUGAGAAGCGCUUCAAAAGUGAUGAUUCAGAAAAGAAUAAUUUGUAUGCAAUAUCACUUGAAUUUAGACUUCUAAGACAACAUGGAUUCGAUGUUUCGCAAGAUGUUUUCAAUAACUUCGAGGAGACGAAGAAUUUUAGCACAGGACUCUAUCAAGAUUUAAAUGGAAUGGUAUCAUUGUACGAAGCUUCAUUCUUAUGUAAAGAAGGUGAGAACAUUUUAGAGGCAGCCAAACAUUUUACAAUCAACUAUUUGGAAAAGUACACCAGGUCGUGCAAGGAUGAAUAUGAAGCAUCUAUUAUUAGACAUGCGUUGGAACUUCCCUUACAUUGGCGAAUAUCAAGAUUGGAGGCAAGAUGGUUCAUUGAUAUCUAUCAGAGAAAAGUGGAUAUGAAUCCUAUUCUUCUUGAAAUUGCUAAAUUAGAUUUCAAUCGAGUGCAAUCUAUUCAUCAAGAAGAUCUAAAAUAUGCAUCAAGGUGGUGGAGUAGCAUUGGAUUUAGCGAAAAGUUGAGCUUUGCAAGAGAUAGAUUAAUGGAAUGUUUCUUUUGGACGGUGGGUUUUGGAUUUGAACCACAACUCUCAUAUUUUAGAAGAAUGGUCACAAAAGUUAAUGCAUUAAUUACAACAAUAGAUGACGUUUACGAUGUCUAUGGCACAUUAGAUGAACUCGAGCUCUUUACGGAUGCCAUAGAAAGGUGGAAUGUUGAUGCAAUGGACCAACUUCCUGACUAUAUGAAAAUAUGUUUUUUUGGUCUCUACAAUUCUAUUAAUGAGAUGGCUUUUGAUGCACUAAGAGACAAAGGAACUAAUGUGAUUCAUGAUCUUAAGAAAACGUGGGUGGAUUUGUGCAAAUCUUAUAUGUUUGAGGCUAAGUGGUAUCAUACAGAUUAUAAACCAACAUUAGAAGAAUAUCUAGACAAUGCAUGGAUUUCAAUAGGAGGACCAGUUAUAUUAGUUCAUGCAUAUGUUUUCGUGACAUCUCCAAUGCUCCAAGACAUGGAGAGCUUGGAAGCACAUAUUGAUAUAAUUCGUUGUUCUUCCAUAAUUCUGCGACUUGCUGAUGAUCUUGGAACAUCAACGAAUGAAUUAGAGAGAGGUGAUGUUCCAAAAUCAAUACAAUGUUAUAUGAAUGAUACAGGAGCUUCAGAGAAUAAUGCUCGUGAACAUAUAAAGAAUUUGAUUGAUGAGACAUGGAAAAAGUUAAAUACGGCUGAGGUCAAGAAUUCAAUCCUUCCUCAUGUGUUCAUCCAGAUAGCUAAAAAUCUUGCUAGAAUGGGUCAAUGCAUGUAUCAAUAUGGAGAUGGACAUGGGAUAGGGCGCCAAGAAAUAAACGAUGGUGUAAUGUCUCUACUUAUUCAACCAAUUUCCAUGCAACCCAUUUGAUGAUGUAUCAAAGG